UUGCGAGUUAGUUUGGGAAGCACUUGCAACCCAUCAACACCGAUUAAGCGGUAAAUCGUAUUUUUUGUUAGAUUAUUUAUGUGCCAAUAAAACGACACCAAUCGAAUUGCAAGCACAUCCUACUAAAAAAAAAUGACGAAUUUGCUAAAAUCGAUAUUCGGCCUUGAGCGCCUUGGUUGGGAUAUUCUCAUCUGGCGGAUCCUGGGGUACAUCAUGCGUCGCUUCUUGCGUUCGGCCAUGAUUGUCUUCAGCUGGUUUGUGGUGCCCUACAGCCGCUACACCAACAUCAAGGUGAUGCGCCGCAAGCUGCCCCCCAUUCGCAGCCAUCUGCUCGAGAUACCUGCCGUCGAUCUGGCCAAGCUGAUUCGCACCAAAAAGAUUAAAAGCGAAGAAGUGGUCGAGGCCUAUAUCGAGCGAUGUCGACAGGUAAAUCCGCUGAUCAAUGCCAUUGUGCAGGAUCGCUUCGAGGAGGCGCUGGAAGAGGCACGCGAGAUAGAUCGAGUGAUUGCCAUGGGCAUCAACAGUGUCGAGUCCAUGGAGGAGUUGACACCUUUGCUUGGGAUUCCCGUCACCGUAAAGGAAAGCAUUGCAGUGAAGGGAUUAACUAAUCAAGCGGGUCGAGUGUUCAAGACUCCGCAGAUAGCCAAGUCCGAUGCUCCCGUGGUGGAGCAGAUCAAACGUUGUGGCGGCAUCAUUCUGCUGGUGUCCAACACACCGGAGUUGUGUCUGUUGUGGGAGACGUACAACAAUGUGACGGGUCAGACGAAGAAUCCCUACGACUUGAAGCGCACUCCGGGUGGAUCUUCGGGUGGCGAAGCUGCUCUCCUGGCCAGCGGCGCCUCGCUGUUGGGUCUCACCUCUGACAUUGGAGGGUCGUCGCGUUUGCCGGCGAUGUUCAGCGGGAUUUGGGGACACAAACCCACACCGUAUGCGGUCUCGUUUCGUGGUCACCAUCCGACCAGUGACUUUGCCAAGUGGGGUGACUUUUUCACCAUUGCACCGAUGACACGCUAUGCCAAGGAUUUGCCUUUGUUGCUCAAGUGCAUGAGUGAUCCGACGGGACCGAAGCUAACACUCGACAAGGAGAUCAGUGCACAUGGCAUACGUUUCUUUUUCAUGGACAACGAUGGACCAUCGGGCAUGAUGCGUCCUCUUAGUCGGGAUUUACAUGCGGCCAUCAAUCGAGUGGCGAGUGAUUUCAAUGCGAAGCGAGUGAAUAUACGCAAAAUGAAAUGGUCAUUGGACAUCUCGAUGUCUGCCAUGUUGACCAUGAAGAACAUCGAGACCAUCUAUCACAAGUCCGAGGAGGGCGAGCAACCCAAGACCGUGUGCAAGGAGACGGUGAAGUAUUUCUUUGGCUGCUCCGACAGCAUAUUGCCAUCGGUGAUCUUCGGCCACUUGCAGAACUUUAUGAAAAUCAUUCCGAAUUCGCGGCACAAGCAUUUGGCCAGCAUCAUUGAGGCGCUCAAGACUGAAUUCAAAGAGCUGCUGGGCAAUGAUGGUGUCUUCUUGUAUCCCACAUUUCCGAAUACCGCCCAUCAGCAUUAUCAGAUCUAUCACAAGCUAUUGGAGCCCAUGUACAUGGCCAUCUUCAAUACGCUCGGUUUGCCUGUGACCAAUUGCAUGAUCGGUCUCGAUCGUCGCAAUCUGCCCAUGGGCAUUCAAGUUGUCGCCAAUCCUGGACAGGAUCAUCUCUGUCUGGCGGUGGCCAGGGAGAUGGAGCGACGUUACGGGGGUUGGGUGCGUCCUCCAUCGGAGGAUAGCCACAGUUAUGGUCAGGCGAAUAGCUCGAAGCGAGGCUAAUUCGCUUUUAUUUUGCGUGAUUCUUUUUUGUUAGCGAAUUGCAUCCACAUUAAGCAUACAAACAUACACAACAACGUACUUGACUUGGCCAAAAUGAAGUAACCGCCAAAAAAAAAAUACGAGACCAUAAAACACGAAAUGAAAUAAAAACAAUUUUUAAGUGUUGGU